CGUUUAGAGAAAGGACCAGAAAGGAAGAAUUUUAUACGGUUGAGUUUAAAACAUAAUUGUUUUGUGUUUGCAAAUCAUUUCAGCAUAAAUGAGCCUCGGUUUAUUCUUAAAAUAUUCGUAAAAUGUUGUUUAUUUCAGCCUCGAUAGUCUUAAAAUAUAUUCUUUUAACAAAAGAGUGUAUUUGAACACUUACUUCUCCCGUGCAGUAAUAAUUAAACUGAAAUGUUUUCAUGCUCUCUCGUUUCAUACCAUUUUAAAAUUAGGGUCGUAUAAUAUUUCAUUUUCAUAUGCACGUGAUCUACAGCAACACGUAGUGUCGUUUCGUUUUCCAACCGAACUAAGUCCAUAAAAUGCAGUGUUCUAAAUUGUUUCCACUAAGUUCAGGGCCAGACAAUGUUCAGUUGACAUCGCUGGUUUCUCGAUGGCGGAGUAUUGGCUUGUCUUGUCACCUCGUCUUCUGGUAUUCCUUCUCCUCCAAUUCAGCACCAGAGUCGGUGCUCAAGACCAGAAACAUAAACAUGUGUAUGACGUGCAUGUUUCUCGCCACGGAAAAGACUCCAGUGGUUGUGGCUCUCUCGACGAACCAUGCAAGUCGAUAGCGCAGGCUUUGGGCUUAGUAGACUGGGGCGGACGUGUACAUCUCAAUGGGACUGGAACCGAGCGAGAUCCCUUUGACUGCGAGAAUGUGACGCAGGAUCAAAAUCCGGGGAUUUUUGUUAACAAGAGCGUGACGAUGCAAAGUUUUCAAGAGACCCCGUAUGUUUCGUGCGCGGAAGGAUUUCAUUUUCAAACUAAUACGAAGGAAAACAACAGAAGAGUGUCAGUAACAUUGUCGGGGAUGGUAUUUAAAGGAACUCCUCUCAGGUUUCUGGACUGUAGUUGGGUUCAGCUUGUAAACUGUACUCACCGAGAGACGAAAACAGCUGUCAGUGUUCGCGCGGAGAACAUCCCAAGUGUUCACCUUGAUAUCAAGGGCCUAUCAUUAUUUAGAAACAAUCAUAACUGCGUAACGAUUUUGUUAAAGAAUUCAAGCAGUGACAAGUCCCUUACAGUGACUAUUAGUCGAACGAGAUUUCUAGAAAAUGGGGUUGAUGAGCACCUGUCAGCGAAGGCUCUUAUCUCCAUAGCAACAGACGUCAAAAAACCCGCCAGGCUAAUGCGUGUCCAGAUUUCCUGCCAAGAGAUUACUUGUAUUGGAAACCGGGUUCCUUUCGUUGUUUUAGAUUUGCCCACAUCGGUAACCAAGGAGACAUACAAUCGGGUUAAGCUGUCCAACAACAGCGUGGACACGAAAAAAAAACGCUUUAAAGACAGUAUGUACAUUUCCAGUGCCAGGAAAUCUAGUGCGAAAUUCGUGGACUUACGCUGCGCUAACAACACAAGUAAUCAGGCUUUAAGAUGCAUCAAAAUUUACGCCGAGGAAGCUAAAGUCUUAAUUGAGAAUUCGUCAUUCGUCGGGCAUAACGCAAUGAAUGGAAAAGGCGGGGGCGUGUUUAUCGAGUCCAAACUGCACGCGUCUCUGGUGGUAAUAAAGACCUUGUUUAAGAAAAACAAAGCGAACAGUGGAGGAGCAAUCUACCUUAAUAGUGCGUGGUACGCGCCGGGCGGUAACCUAAGACUCGACCUCACCAACGUCAAUUUCACCGGAUGCGAAGCUACAACAGACGGGUCCGCGAUUCUGAUUGGAAAAAAAAACAAGCUUGCAAGUAAACCGAUAGUAUACACUCUAUACGCGUCUAUCAGAAAUGUUAAUGUCAAGAAUUGUUACGCCAAGAAAACUUCAACAUGUAGUAGCGUGUGUCUUAUGCUUAAAAGCGGACACGUUAUCUUCGAAGAAUUCAACUGGUUUACCAGUCGACCAGACACGGCGGGAGCUGUAUUCGUAGGAGCUACAGGAGGCAAGGCAGACGUGAAGAUUUCUCGGUCCAGUUUCAUUGACGGUGGUCAUUCCAAUCGCAGUGUUUUCGUUGAGGUACAGGCAUUGGGGAAACACAGAGGAAGCGCAGUUGUCGCCAACACCUCCAUGUUCGAUAUCCAAAAUUGUGCGCUGGUCAUUAGUCCAAAAUACAGGAUCAAACUCGUAAAUGUCACAACUGUUUCCUGUAGGUACGGAUUGAAUAUAUCCAGGAAAUGGCCUGGCUACGAUAACAUAACCUUUCCCGUUAGUAUUCUCAUCGAUAACUGCACCUUCAAACACAACGUGUACGAUAUAUCAUCCACUAUUCGGGACCCACGUUCAGUUUGGCUAAAAAUUGUGAACACGACCUUUCUAGGCCGUCCCAAAACACGAGACAUCAACGCCUAUUCCAUUCGGUUUUUCAUUCCAACCCUGAACAAGCUGAAUACAUCAAGAGCUUCGAUAGAAUUGGACAGUGUUUAUUUUUACUCGCGCCCAGCCAGUAGUUUUGUGCUUUAUUUUCAAGGCAAGAAAACGUUGACGAUACGACGGUCGGUAUUUCGCGAUUGUACCUCAUUUUACAGAGAAGCCUGGAAUUUUAACCGUAAGAGCAAAUCUAUCUACGAGAUAGCAACUGGAGCAAUAUCGGUUCUCUCCAAACCUGAUAAGCCCUGGAAACCAGGCUGUGUCCAACACGAUGCCCAUACCGACACCCACCCCCUGUGGUGGUAUGAUACUCACGUGAUAUUCCAAGAAACUUUAUUUGAGGAGAACGCUGGCUUGAUCGCGGGCGCAGUGUAUGUCAGUAACGGGAAUACCACGUUCCAGAACUGCUCGUUUCACGAUAAUUUGGCGAUCAGGAGAACAGCGCAAGUCUAUUCCGCCUAUGGAACUGGUAGAAUGGAAUUCAACAACUGCACUUUUUCCAGUAAACGAAAGAGUAAAACUCUUGAAGGAAGAAAAUUUGGAAACGUCGCUUUCUUUUAUUCCGAAAGUGAAGGACCUGUCAUCUUGCGAAAUACUUCCAUGGUUUCUGCCAUUGCUGAAAGAAGGUCGAAUACUGUUUUUGAAAUCUCUAAUGGAGGCUACGUCCACAUCGACCAUAAGACGACCAUUCACUGCGGCAAGGGUAGCAUGUUGUCGCUUGAAAAUGCAGCGCAUUUUGUUUACACCGAGAAAAGAAAACGCUUUUGUAGGCUCAACUUCACGGUUGUGAAGUACACUUGUAGACUGUGUUCUCCUGGUUAUUACAGCCUUCAAACAGGGAGAUCUCACGGCUUCGCUGUCGAGAAUUCAUUUCAGUGUCAGCCGUGUCCAUUAGGAGCUAAGUGCAUUCAAAACAACAUGAACAUAGCAGCCAAAGAGAACUUCUGGGGAUACCAGGUCCCGGAAACACGUCAUACAGCACUGCUGAGGUUUAUUCCAUGUCCCAAGGACUACUGUCAAUCCCCAAGCACCCAAUCACAAGCCUUCAGCAGUUGCCGUGGAAACAGAACUGGUUUUCUGUGUGGUAAAUGCGCUGCUGGGUACACUGAAUCACUGUUCUCUGCCAAUUGCCGCCAAACGAGUCAAUGCAGUGACAAUUUUUUAUGGCUGGUUAUCUUUGUUUUCUCAGUUGGGAUGGCUGCAUAUCUGUUGACCAAACCACCCCUCCUGCGUCUCUUGUGUGCAAGAAAAGUCCUAUGGUUUAUAAGGAAGAAGGGGAAUGUACAAUCACGAGAAAAGAGUCGCCACAUCGAUGAACAAAGGGACACUGGCUAUCUAAAGAUUGUCUUCUACUACUAUCAAGUGGCUGAUUUGCUCAUAGACAACUCAAUUGGAGACCUGGUCCACAAAGUUCCAUAUAUUUACAUCGUCGUCUCUGCAUACAACUUCCAAGUUCACGAUAUCUCCAGAGGAAUUGGCUGUCCUUUUGCAGGCCUGACAGCAGUAACAAAGGAGUUGUUUCUUUCUAUGUCAGUUUUUGUCACAAUGGCGAAUGUUGUUGUCGUUUAUUGCGUCCACGUCGUUGUUAACCUGCUGCUGAAAAGGGGAACGCCAUCGGUGCACCAUUACAUGGCAGUCGUCCUGGAGAUACUGUUACUAGGUUACGAUCGACUAGCGGAAACGUCGCUUGGUUUGAUGCACUGUGUAUCUAUUGGCUCUCAAAGCCGGUUGUUCAUUGAUGGAAACACUCUUUGCUGGCAAACAUGGCAGUACCUUCUUCUUUGGUACAUCGUGAUAUUUGUCGUUCCCUUCAUCGCUGUUCUGUAUUUCGGUUCUCGAAAACUCUAUAAUUCCUCCAUUUCUGCAAGCGGCUUUCUGGCAGCCUGUGUCUUUCCUUUGCCGUUCCUCGCCUAUUGGUUUAUAAAGUCCUUUUGUACAGGAAAGAGAGAAGAAUCUGCCAUGAGACCAAAGGGAAAAGAAGACGAAGUGAUGGAAGUCUUACAAGGGCCAUUCCGUCCGCCCGGUGAUGGUGACCAAGGCACUCUGCACUGGGAAAGCGUCUUGAUUGGCCGACGGCUCAUCCUUCUAUCAUUCCACUCUUUCAUCUCAAAUGCUAUGCUACGCUGUCUGUUCUUAGCUGUGACAUGUGAACUAAUGGCCAUCCAUCACAUUGUUAAGCGUCCUUUCCGAAGCACCACAGCCAACAAAGUCGAAUCCACGUCCUUGGUUGUGUUGUCCAUCCUAGCUAUGAUCAACCUGAUCAAGGCAACUCUUCUCUCCUCUGGUAUCACUCCUGAAGACGAAAACAAAUUGUACAUCGAUGGUAUGCAGUGGUUCGAGUUGGCAGCCAUGGCUACCGUUCCAGCCUUACUGUCUCUUCUCGCUGCCUUUGCGAUUCUGUCACACACAGUGUGUUUGAUUGUUUGUCUCAUAAACCGAGCCUGUAAAUGUGCAACGGUCUCUGGCAGCACUCGCAGAUCUCUUGAAGAUUUAAGAGAACCUCUCUUGAACAACCAAGGAACUAACAUUGAGGAUAGCUCUUGAUAAGGGCAACACUUCGAUGACUUUUCUUUCAAGAAAUCAGACAAUUGCAUGUGUAUUAUCGUAACAGAAUUUAGUUAGUUCGGACAUCGUAAAAAGAGAAAGUUUACUGUUAUAACACGGCAGUUUGACUUACUAGACUGAAUUCCUUUUUUUCUGGGAGAAUAGGGCCAUUACACGACAGUUUGGCCUCUAUAGAAUAAAAUAAUUUAUGCACAUGGUGACAGUGAUUUCUUUUUGUCAAUUACCUUGCCAUAUUUACAGCAUUAAACCCUUAAUUUUCACUCAGGUGGACGCUCAGUAGGUUUUGAUUCCAUCCUUGAUAUUUGUUUCAUUUUGGUACCAUAGGGUAAAUAAUACUCAAUGCACUUUCAGAAAUUUUCUGCUUUCUUGCCAUACAAUCAAUCUCUACCCCGAACACGGUGAUAGGUUUUUUGAUUUUCUCUAAUAGUAUAAGUGCACACAGUCGCACUCUACCUGCCCGGUUGACUGAUGGAAUUACUGACUGACUCCUUGACUGACUGACUGUUUGACUUACUGACUGACUGACUGAC